UGACUAAAACAGGGGUAGUGGUAUCCUGUUAUUUAUGCAAUUGAGAUUGAAGAGGAGGCUUUACAAUUAUUAGAUCAAACCCACUCUUUAUUUCUCUUCUUUUUGCUGGAAAAAUAUACUCCUAUGGCUACUCAAUCACUUGACAUUCUAGAGAAACAUUGGUCACGUGUAAGGAGAGAAGAGGGGACCGAGGCUUCCCGAUUGUAUCCGGACGGCUACUUGGAAUUGAGGGAGGAUCCAGCGGCGUGGAUUCAACAUUAUCCCCAAGAUCGUCUUCAGCUAGUGCGAAGAUUGAAGUUGGAUUAUUUAUUUGUUAAAGACGAUGCGCAGGAGAUCGGAGAUUCCAUUGGAGAGCUGAAACAUCUCACCCACUUUUCUAUUAUAUCGGCUAGAUACCUCAAGUGUCUCCCUAACGUUAUCACAAGGCUGCACAAUUUGCAAGUUUUGAAUAUUUAUUGUUGUGCUAAUCUUCAAAUAUUACCAGCAAGUUUGGGUGAGUUGCAUAACCUUACACAUCUCUCUCUUUCUGAUUGUGUGAAUCUCCAAAAAUUACCAGCAAGUUUGGGUGAGUUGCAUAACCUUACACAUCUCUCUCUUUCUGAAUGUGUGAAUCUCCAAAAAUUACCAGCAAGUUUGGGUGAGUUGCAUAACCUUACACAUCUCUCUUUUACAUUCUGUAUUAAUCUCCAAAAAUUACCAGCAAGUUUGGGUGAGUUGCAUAACCUUACACAUCUCUCUCUUUCUAAUUGUGUGAAUCUCCAAAAAUUACCAGCAAGUUUGGGUGAGUUGCAUAACCUUACACAUCUAUCUCUUUCUAAUUGUGUGAAUCUCCAAAAAUUACCAGCAAGUUUGGGUGAGUUGGAUAACCUUACACAUCUCUCUCUUACAUUCUGUACUAAUCUCCAAAAAUUACCAGCAAGUUUGGGUGAGUUGGAUAACCUUACACAUCUCUCUCUUACAUUCUGUACUAAUCUCCAAAAAUUACCAGCAAGUUUGGGUGAGUUGCAUAACCUUACACAUCUCUCUCUUUCUGAAUGUGUGAAUCUCCAAAAAUUACCAGCAAGUUUGGGUGAGUUGCAUAACCUUACACAUUUCACUCUUUGUUAUUGUGAUUCUAUCAAGUCCAUUCCUAAUAUGAAAGUGGAGACUCUUUAUUUUAAAUCUUUGGAAGAAAAUCACUUUCCUAGCUUUGGAAAACUAAGCAACCAAACAUCAAUCCUUGGACUUUCUCAAAUUCCCAUAAAUUCGGAUGGUAUGUCUCGACUAUUAUUUCUUGACCUUCAGAAUUCACAAAUCAAGCACUUCUCUGUUCUCGGGAACAUCAAAACUUUGCCCAAAUUGCAAAUACUGUUCCUGCCUGAGUGUUUCAGACUUGAAACAUUGCCAUUUGAUUUGAAUGAUUCUCUCAUCAUUUCAAUUGAUAAAACACAAUCACGCAAAACCUGGAAAGAACUGAAGACAGAGAUGAUGUGCUCAUUCUCUGAUCCACUUACUGGAUCUCAGAAUCCCUUCAAUAUAUCUCCUGAUGAAUGCCUAUUGCUGAAUGAAGCUUCAAUGCUAUUGAAUCGUAACUUUUAUAAAUCAGUGCGAUUGCUGGACUUGUCAAUAUGCGAAGAUGAUGCUGAGAAGUUAAAUUCCAUAAAAGAGCUGUCACAGCUCACUCACCUCUAUAUCAAAGGAAGCAACAUUGAUCUCAAGUAUCUUCCUAACACAAUCACAAGACUCAGACAUCUCUCCCUCCAAGAUUGUGACUAUGAGUCCUUUAGUGAUUGCCUGGAUAUGCUAACCAACUUGGAAUCUUUGGAUCUAGAUUUGUAUGGAAAUGAAUUGCCAGAAAACAUAGAUGUUUCAGUUUUAGUCAGCCUUAGAUGUCUCACCCUACGAUAUUGGGAUAUAGAGUCACUCCCUGAUAGAUUGGCAAAGCUUUCUAACUUGACAACUUUAGUUCUCCACCGCUGUUACUUUCUCAAUUCACUGCCACCAGAUAUGAAUCUUGUCAAACUCAAGCUUAUUCAUACCUUUAUCCGCCCACUUCCUACAGGUCUACGCCACCUUGAAAUUAUAUUAUAUGACUCUGAAUGUGAUUUUUUUGAAUAUUAUGAAAAUACUGAUUUCAAGGAAUUGGUCAACUUGGAAACACUCUCAAUAACUUGUAACCGUACAAAGUUCCUGCCUAGCCUAGAAGGACUGUUAAAUUUGCAAGAACUGCAACUUAAAGACUGUUUCAAUCUAAGAAAAAUGCCAAAAAUGGGCAAAUUGAGCAAUGUGUGCACCAUUGAUAUUAGCGGUACGAGAAUCAAGACCCUGCCUGGUUGCAUUACAAAUUUACACAAUUUGAAAUACUUGAUCCUCCCCAAGUGUUUCAAAAAAGAAAGCUUGCCACAUAACUUUAAAAAAGAGCCCGUUGUAACUAUUGAUGACAUACAUGAAGCGUACUACAAGUAUAUGGGCUUCCAUGAUUAUUAUGAAACCUCUAGUGAAGACGACUAUGAGAAAACAUCUUACACUGAGGAGAUAGUCAAUGAAGAGGAUACCACAAUAUCACAAGAGGGUCACAACACUGUGCAGACUCCAUUGCAUCAACUGCAGAAUUUACCUGGUGAUCAGACACCUGUUCUUGGAGCUUCAUCAGAAUCUGGACAAGCGAUUAUCAACGACAAGGUGGCAUCACCAAAGUCCAUAUAUUUAGAUAAUCCCGAAGUCCCUCAGUUUCCUGAAGAUCUAAUGGGUGAAUAUAGCCGCCGUGUGCAAAAUGUUACUUCAGGAAAUGAAGUAAGGAGAGCACAUAUGCCUAACAAUGAAAAUUUGAUUUUACCCCAAACAGAAACAUUGUCUACAUACAAAGGCAUUUCGAUUGAUACUGCUAAUAAAGUUGAAGGACAUCAUUCUCAUGGAAGAAACACUGCAAUAUGCGAAGAUAGCCAGCAUGCACUUCACAGUUUACAAAACCAGCAGACCGAACUCAAUAACAACCAUCAAAGUGAUGAUAAGAAGGUUAAUACACAAAAGAAAGACAUUCCGCGUGAGAAGAUACAAUCACUGAUUUCCUUAAACAUGACGAUUGAAGAGGCUGCAAAUGAUCUUGGUGUUGGAAAGUCUACAUUGAAGCGCAGACUGGAAGACCAUGGCAUAAAGUGGCCACGACGCAACACAAAGAUUUGUAAGGAUGCAAAAACGACAAAAGACGAUGUUGAACCGUCUUCGAGAAAAUGUUCCUCACAGUUCAAUUUGGUGAAUCCUAAUAAUCUAAGAGACCAGAAACUUGAAGUUGGAGUAAACCAACUUGCAGCAUUGCCAAAUAAUGUACCAUUUGAGUCUAAUGUUGUUAAUCACUCAUCCAAUCCCACCUUAACAACAAGAAAAGUAGAAUCGUCCAGUACUCGAUUGAAGAGCACAGCACCGUAUGCUCCAGCGAUUAAUAAGAUGACACUAGAUUGUUUUAAAUAUAUGAAUUACCUUCCGGCAAUCAUGCAACCAUUCCUUGAAGGUUGGUUAAACGUGAAUGCAGAUGGAAAUUGUGGGUUUCGAGUAGUGGCUGAUGCAUUUCAUGGUGGCGAAGAUAAUUGGGCUCAUGCUCGCCGGUCAAUGCACAAUGCGCUUGGUUUAGAUACAAUCUAUAAGAGAUUAUAUGGAGGCGAACAAGAGGUGAGAGAAGCAAUGAAUCGUAUAUUGUGGCAUAAUAAUGUUGAAAGUGCACCACCAGAGCACUGGAUGACGAGUAUCCAAGAUUUGUUUGUCAUUGCCACGUUCUACAAUUGUGUGGUGAUUUAUUUUAGCUUCGGAGCAACAACUGCUUUCCAUACUAUUCUUCCACUAAGAGCUCUCUCAGGCAUACAAAGACCUUAUGGUGAGUUGGCUAUUGCUCAUUGUGGUACUCCUCCGCAUUAUAUUAGAGUGUUCUUGUUGAAAGAUGCGCCGUUGCCACCUGUAGCGAGCUAUUGGCAUAAAAUGUGUGAUCAAAGUGUUAGAGGAUGGGAUGAAAAUUAUGCUGCGCGACUGGUAUUUUGGGAGAAAACUCUCAAUAUCGGGACUCGUAAUGGCCAAAUUUGACUAAGGUUUCUUAAACAUAUAAAAGAUAAAAUAUAUCUACGUGAGACUACGUUAGAUUAUUCAUUUUAA